AUGACUAAAGAACAACAACCAGCUGUAUUUUACGUUAAUGCUGCAUUAUUUGAUUGUGAUGGUACAUUAGUAAAUUCAACAGGAGCAAUAUCAGAAUUUUGGAGAGAAUUUGGUAAAACAAGACCUCAUGUUGAUCCAGAAGAAAUUAUAAAAACUUCUCAUGGUUGUAGAACUUUUGAUGUUAUAAAAAAAUGGUCACCAGAAGAUGCUAUACCUGAACAAGUUACUGAAUGGGAAGGUAAUAUACCUGAUUCUUUUGGUCAUCAUGCAAAAGCUAUACCAGGAGCAGUUGAAUUAGUUAAACAAUUUGAUAAAUACUCAAAAGAUGAAACUCAUGAUGGUGAACAAAAAUGGGCUAUUGUUACAAGUGGUACAUUACCAUUAGCAACAAAAUGGUUAAAAUUAUUAACUAUUGAGAAACCAGAUUGUUUUAUAACUGCUGAAAAAGUUACAAAGGGAAAACCUCAUCCACAAGGUUAUCAAUCAGCAAGAGAAACUUUAGGGUUUGGUUCAAAUCAUGCAAAAGUUGUUGUAUUUGAAGAUGCACCAGCUGGUAUUACUGCUGGUAAAGAUGCAGGAGCAAUGGUUGUUGGAAUAUGUUCAACCUAUGAUCCAGAAAAAGUUAGAAAUGCAGGUGCAAAUAUUGUAGUAAAAGAUUUAACAAGUUUUCAUAUUGAUUCUUUUAAUAAAGAAACUCAAGAAUUUAAAGUUGUUGUUGAUGAAUAUUAUUUUGCUGAUCCUCAAUAUUUAGAAUCAACUGCUUAG